AUGAGCGCCAGCGUGGCCCCCGACGCCGUGUUCCUGUCGGCGCUGCCGCCCAGCGGCUCCUCCAUGUCCACGUACGCCGUGCCCACGGACGCGCAGCUCGAGCACGGAAACGCGCCGCUGGACGAGGCGGCCAGAGCGCGCCGGGUCCAGCAGCAGGUCCAGAUGCGCCUGGCCGAGAAGUCGAGCGCGCCCCUGUCCAGCGUAGCGCGCGCGAACGGCUCCGUCUCCAACUACGCCUCCUCGGAAUACGGAGGCUCGGUGAAAUACGCCACCUACAGCAACUCGGCUUCUGCUGGGUUCAGUUCGAGAUCCCACAUGUACAACAUGGGCCGCACUUUGCCGAAUCCGCGAAUUUCCCAGUACUCGGGAGGCUUCUCUUCACGCUCUGCUGUGGAUUUUGCUCCACGGCCAAGAUCCGGCAUGAUGGGCACGGCGGGGGGCGGCAUGUACCUUGACGAGCUGCCCGCGGCCGCCUAUCAGACCAGCUCCCACCAGCAGAUGAUGAGUCGCUCCGUGAGCCGGCCAGACCCCGACACCCUGUCCGUGCACUCCAUGCGCCUGUAUAACCUUCCGCAGCAGGCCGCCCACGUAUCAAGCUACGCGACCCAUGACGGCAGCGAGGGCAGCCUGUCCGAUCACGAUGCUCCUCCCUACCAGCAGUCGGUCUUCACCGCCAGCAACGGCUUCGCCGCCCAUUCGCGGCAGAUGUCCGGAUCCGCGUCCGCGCCAGCGACCAUGCGGCGCUCUCUGAGCGGCACCCUGUCCCGCGGGGCCGUGGCCGGGGGUGGCGGGGUAAUGGAGGUGGUCCAGCAGCACUCCUUUAAAGGCCCCGCCUACCGCACCAUCAGCCGCAUCAACAACCGCAACAACCGCAUGAGCGUGGGCUCCAUGUCGGGCACCGGCACUCUGCAGCACCAGGCGUCUACGGGCAGCGGCAGCCGCGUGGCCGUGGGCCAGAUGAUGGUCGGUUCUCAGGGCAGCAUCGUAAUUCCGUCGCAGCGUCAGGGCACCCUGUCCCGGGCCAUGUCCGUCAAGAGCGUGCAGAGCGUGGGCAGGGGCGCUGAUGUCAUCGACAGCUGGAAGGAGAUGACUGAGAGCAUGGGGAACCUCGACGGAUUCUCCAACCUGGACAUGAUCACUGCCGUCAACUACCUGAGCACGUCAGAAGCAGAUUUGCAGGUUUUGGGGGCCGCGUAUAUCCAGCACGAGUGUUACCAUAACAACGAGGCCAAAAGUCAGGUGCGUCAGAUGAAGGGCAUCCCAGCCCUGGUGCACCUUUUCAACAGCGAGAGCCAGGAGGUGCAGCGCUACGCCACGGGCGCCAUGCGCAACAUCAUAUACGAAAACAUGGAGAACAAGACGGCGCUCAUCGACGCGGGCGGCAUCCCGCAGCUGGUGAGCGCUCUGAAGGAGCCCGACGACGAGCUCCGCAAGAACAUCACGGGGAUCUUGUGGAACCUUUCUUCCAAGGACAGCCUCAAGGAGAAGCUGGCCAAGGACACCCUUGGGGAACUCACAGAGAAGAUCCUGGUGCCCCUGUCUCAGAGCAAAGACAGUGAGAGGAUCCAGCAGAGCCCUUCCGAGGUGGAUAUCUUCUACAACACCACCGGGUGCCUCAGGAACCUGAGCUCUGUGAACGAGAAGACGCGGACACAGAUGCGGGAGACGCGUGGGCUGGUGGACUCGCUGGUGAGCUACAUCCGGAACUGCAUCGAGAACGGCAGUGCGGAGGACAAGGGCGUAGAGAACAGUAUGUGUGUCCUCAGGAACUUGUCAUACCAGCUCUACAACGAGAUGCCCCCCUCUGUCAUUAUGCGGCUGGAGGGACCCUCGAGGGGGCAGGACAGCUCGAGGGGCGAUGCCAUUGGCUGCUUCACUCCCCAGAGCAAGAAAGCGAAAGACAGGCAAAACCAAGACCUGUCCCUCUUCGCGGCGGUAGCAAAGGAUCCGAAGGGGCAAGAGUGGCUCUGGCACCCCCAGGUGGUGGGGUUGUAUAACCGCGUGCUGCAGCGCUGCGAGAUGAAUACCGUAACGCGUGAGGCAGCUGCCGGUGCCCUGCAGAACAUCACUGCUGGAGAGAAAAGGUGGGCGUCGGUCCUGAGCCGCACGGCGCUGGAACAGGAGCGCAUGCUGCCCUUGCUGCUGGACCAGCUGCGGACCCACAGCGACCAGGAACUGCGCUCGCUCACCGGCUUCCUCAGAAACCUUUCGCGCCAUACCAAGGACAAGGGCGACAUGGCCACCAAGGUGGUAAACAUCCUGGUGUCCAAGCUGCCCAGUGAUGGGUACCAGAAGGAGCCUUCCAGUGAUGUGGUGGUCAACAUCUGCGGGGUCCUAAACAACCUCGUGACGGGCAGCUCUUUGGCCGCCCGCGACAUCACCUACUUUGACGGUCUUGGGAAGCUGGUUGGCAUCAAGAACUCCCACGACAACAGCCCUGGGAAGCUGAAGGCGGCGAAGGCAGCCGCCACCGUGCUGUGCAACAUGUUCCAAUACAAGAAGCUGCACAAGGACUAUAAACAGAAAGGGUUCACGAGGAUGGAUUUUGCGGAUAUGACCAUUUAGAACUGGACCGCAGUAGCAGUUUUUUUUUUUUUCCCCCCCCUCCC